AUGCCUUUGACUCGCUCUAAAAAGACUACCAGCUCGAAAAAAUCUACCAAGAUCACCGCUAAGAAGAAAUCAAAUCGCACCAAAAAGAAAACCUCGCAAACGACUCGAACGGAUCAGGAUCAGGCUGGUUCCGGUUCCGAAGCGUCAGACACUCAUGGAACAGAUGAUGAAGAUGGACUUGAUGAUGAAGAUGGACUUCAAGAACGAGUUGAUUCUGAGGCAGGACCUACGCAAAGCAAAGCAAAGAAGUCGACUAUCUUUCAGUCGCGUUUCCCCGGUCUUGAACUUGACACGUAUGAACAGCAACUUGAUUUAUGGACUGUCAUCAAACUUCAAGAAUCACUAGUUCAACAAAAUUCCCGCCGUAGUAAGGCUCCGAAAGAAAUUAAGGAUCUUGUCAAGAUUGUUCGGAUGGAAUUCGAGAAGCGGAUCCUCAUGAUUGCGCUAAUGGCUGGAGUUCCCGAGAUCGUUAUCUGGAACUUGGUCGGCAUGGGCUCAAAGACAGUGAAGGCAAAUCCAUGGAUCCGUUUUCUUAGCUUCUGUGUGAAAUGCCUUGGUGACAAACUCCCUGAACGUGACAACAAAGACGCUUGGGUGAAUCGAAAUCAGCAAAUGGCGGAGCAUUGGCAUGCUCUGACCCCGGAUCAGCAGGAUGUGUUCAGAGACCCGUAUUUUUUUGCACUGGCUAACCUGCCAGACUACUCUAACGUACCCCUUGGCGACGAUGAAGAUCAAGACACCGACGGAAAUGAAAAUGGAGUGAUUGUAACACAAUGCGACACUGUUGUUCCGACUCCUAAAGUUCAUCAACUGUCUGACGAGGAUCGAUCAAAAUAUCAGCCUCUCUUCAAUGAGCUGGUCAACGUUGAGAAAUUACAUCUUUGUCACGGUAAGCCAGAAAGCUCACCAUCUGUUGCGACUCUACAAAAGCGAUCUAGCCUUGCUGUUCGCAAGGCUCAUCACGAUUUCUCUGUGGUCUGUCAGCAACAUCAAAUUUCCUAUUACCUAACUGCUGCUAGCUGUGGUGGUGUCGAUGGAUGGUCGCAAACGUUUUCCAAUAGCCCGAAAUUUGCUGAUUGGGCACGGAAGACUCCAAAGAUACCUGACAAGUUUAAAACAUACGUACAUGGACUAGAAGUCGCCCAGGAGAUUGAAAAAAAGGAACCGCAACCAAGCGAUAAGCGAAAAAGCCACCUGUGCCACCUAUUAAAUGGAAUGAUGGUACUUACGAAGUAUUCAUUAAAUGUUUCUAGACUCUCAUGUGAAGGGCCAAUCGUUCCCAAAGGUUGCAGAUCCUGUCAAAUACAUCAAAAAUAA